AUGCAUAAAUUGAUCAAAACUGGCAAAUCAAAAAGCUUUAAAGAUUAUUCAAUUUUGAAAAAAACAUUAUCAACUCCUAAAAUAAUUGAAUAAGGUAACAUAGAAAUUUGAUAAAUUAAGAAAGCUAUGAAAUUUAAAAAUCAAGAAAAAAGAAUUCAAUACAUUCUUAAGACAUUAUAGAUUAAUCAGUUUUUAUUGAAAACAUAAAAAGAAUGCAAAAGUAUAUAUUUUUAAUUUAUAUAAAAUAGUCCAAAUAUAUAUUUAGAAAUGAAUUUAUUAUAAAAAAAAAUUUGGGAAAGAAUCUAAAAAUCAUCUUAAUAACAAAUUGUAAAACCUUUUUUUUAUAUUUUUAGGAUGAAUUUAGUAAUAUAGUAAUCAUAGUCUUGAAACCUGAUUAUGAAUAUGAAUUCAAUUUUUCAAUUUCAUAAUUUUCUUGUUUUAAUACCAUUAAACAAUUAACUAAAUGUUUAGCAGAAUAAUUUUAUAAUCUAACAAAUAAUUGUAUAUCAAAUUUAUUUAUUUAUGAAAGAUUUAAAUGAACCUUUUUUAUCCAUGCUUAUUGGUAAGAUUAAAACUCAAAGAUUGGAUAGAGAUAUGAGAUUAUUCGAAUUACUAAACAUUAUUAUGAAUGGUAGAAAAAUAUUAGUUCUUUAAAAUCUAAUCUAAUGA